UGUUUGGCUUUAAAUAAAUUCCGCUUUUUGCAUUUUAUCAUUAACUUUUGGUUGUAACCAAUUUUAUUUGUUAAUUUUCUCUUACAUUUUCUACCAGAUAUUUUUAAAUUGUUUUGUAUUUAUUUUGUUCUGCAGAUCGUUGAUUUUUAGAACUUAAAACUGAAAUGAAUCGAGGCCGUAAUUUGAAACGUGGGACUAUGCCGAGGGUUCAAGCUGGUUCAAGUUCAACUCCACAUUUAGUAGCAAACCGGACUAUAAAAAGUUUUGAUGAUGUUUAUCUUACAUGUGCAGAUGAUGAGGAUGCUGUUGUAAAUAUUCAUUUUAAUGGUCAUACAAUUUCCUUCAAAUGUGGAGAAGAUUGGGAAGGGAAUUUGUUAGUUCAAUUAAAUGAUGAGAAGAUACUUUUGAAGCAGGAGUGGCAACAUAUGAAUGUGAAAACGCAAAAACUUUACUCGCCUAUGGAAUUCAUUGAGGCGGCCGAACGAUGCUUGGAAGAGGAUCCUCCGAAUGUUGUUCAAUCAAGUGAAAAGUGUUGGGGCUCCCUAGGGUCAGCAAUUGCUCUCUUCUGUAAGGACUUAACUGUUGUUGUUCAAGAGGGAUCGUCCACUAAAACAUUACAAGGACUCAACUUGAAGACACAUAAGGCUACGAUAGCUAUGGCGGGUUUUGCUGCUAAUUUUAGUUCACAGGGUGCUAGACUUGGAGGAGUAAUUGAAUGCGUUAAGCGUGGACACCGUAACUUUAUUAGAGGGUUUUUAAGCAGUUCUCAAAUGAGGAAAACAAUUAAGAAAAUGAAGUUUUUUAUUAAAGAAUUAAAUAAAAUUGACAAGAGGAAAGUUGAAGAAGAACUGACUCCACUCGUAAAUUCUGGCAAAUAUCAAAAAAUUAUUUUUCAUAGACUGACGAGACCAGAUUAUAUUUGUUGCAAUGUUUAUAAUUUUGACAUUCAAGUUACAGAAAAAGAGUAUAUUAAGGAAGAUAAGAAAAGUUUUCCUCCCAAAAAAUAA